AUGAUAUACGACAAGCUCGAAAAACGGCACGAUACUGCAUCCUCAAUCACAGGUGAGGACUAUCUCUCUCUAGCAGAGAUUGGAGAUGACGAGAAGAACUGGGAGACUACGCACAGAAAGUCAGGACUGAAUAGAAGGACGAAUACGUGGUUCAAGACAGCGGCGAGAUAUGGCUGGCUUGCCCAUCUGGUUCUUGUGCUGGUUAAUAUAUCGCUGUCAGUUUUUCUGCUGCGUGACUUUCAGCAAGAGAAUUCUUCAAGUACAAUGCAAGUGGGGAGCGACUUUGCUGGGACAGGGCCUGAUUUCCCGACGAAGAUCGUCAAGUUCAAUGCAGACGAAUCAUUCGUCCCGAAGAAUGCAUCGGAAUUUUUCUCUCCUGGUGUGACUUCACGAUGGAAUACCAUGAUGCCAGCCAACGCAGGCUGGGAUACCAUAAAAACAGACACUUUCUUCACAACAACUAUGACACAUCAGCUUCAUUGUGUUUUUAUGAUGACCAGAAUCUACUCCACCCUCCUCACCAACAAACUCAAUUCCCUCCCCGAAGACUACCACAGCCACUACCUCCACUGUGUCGACUAUCUGCGGCAAGGAAUAAUGUGUUCGGCAGAUUUGACAAUGGAGCCGCACGGGCCGGAGGAUGCGGAUGAUAAUGGGCCGUUAGAUGGGAGUUGGAACGGUUAUCAUGUAUGCAAGGAUUAUGGACAUGUUGUUCCAUAUUUAGAAGAACAAAUUCAUAGGGGGAUUAGACAGGUGUUGCCAAUUGACGAUUAA